GGGCUGAAGGAAAUCUCAUCACUCGCCUCUUGGACCGUAAGCACUGCAAAGCCAGGAAACGGCGUCGCGGCACUUCGAUCGCCUGACACAACCACAUUCUGGCAAUCCGAUGGCCCUCAGCCACAUCUCCUGAGCAUCCAUUUCUUCAAAUUGGUUUCAAUAGUACAUAUGAGAAUCUAUCUCGACUUCAUCAGUGACGAAUCAUACACACCCACCAAGAUCCAGUUCUUGGCGGGCAUGGGCGUGCACGAUAUACAAGAAUUCGCCGAGAUGAGCUUCGAGCAGCCAACUGGUUGGAUUGAUGUCGACUUCAGCAACGUUGGCCCCAUUCAAGAGGACGAUGAUGAUGACGACGGGUCUCGAGACAUCGAUUGGUCAAAGCGCCCCGUGCUGCGAGCGUUUUUGGUCCAAGUAAGGAUACUCGAGAAUCACCAGAACGGUAAAGAUACGCACCUUCGCGCCGUUCAACUUUUC